UUUUAAUUCAGGUUUAAAGACCCUGUAGCAACAAGGUGGUGAAGAACUCUGUGUAGGUUUCUCAGGUGUUCCAAGCUUGCAAGUAUACAGCAGAUCACACACAAUGUCAUACGUCUUGACUGAAACCGCUGCAGGUUACGCCCUUUUAAAGGCUUCCGACAAAAAGAUCUACAAGUCCACCACACUGCAAACAGAUCUUGAUAGUGCUGAAAAGGUUUUAUCACAGUUCAAGAUCAAGGCAUUUUCCAAGUUCGCUAGUGCUGCCAAUGCUCUUGAAGAAGCAAACUUAGUCAACGAAGGUAAGGUGUCAGACCAACUGAAGAAGUUGUUAGAAGAAGCCAAGCCAGAUAAAAAAACCACCUUGAUAGUCGAUGAUACCAAAUUAGCUAACUCCAUUAACAAAUUGGGCUUAAGCUACUCUGUCGUCUCUGAUGCUGCUAGUUUAGACAUUUACAGAGCAGUCAGAGAAUAUCUUCCUGAAUUGCUCCCAGGUAUGACUGACAAGGACCUCUCGACGAUGUCGUUAGGUUUGGCACAUUCCAUUGGUAGAUUCAAGUUGAAAUUUUCACCUGAUAAGGUUGAUGUCAUGAUUAUCCAAGCUAUUGCAUUAUUAGACGAUUUAGACAAGGAAUUAAACACCUACGCUAUGAGAUGUAAGGAAUGGUACGGUUGGCAUUUUCCAGAAUUGGCAAAAAUAGUUGUCGAUUCUGUUGCUUACGCUAAAAUUAUCAACAAGAUGGGUAUACGUUCAAACUGUGAAGAAACCGACUUCAGCGAGAUCUUGCCAGAAGAGAUUGAACAACAAGUUAAGGCGGCAGCCGAAGUUUCAAUGGGUACCGAAAUUACUGAAGACGAUUUAUUGAACAUCCGUAUGUUGGCUGAUCAAAUCAUUGAGUUCUCCCAAUACAGAGAACAACUUUCUAACUACCUAUCUGCUAGAAUGAAGGCCAUUGCACCAAAUUUAACUACUUUAGUUGGUGAAUUGGUUGGUGCGAGAUUAAUUGCUCAUGCUGGUUCUUUGAUCUCUCUCGCAAAGGCUCCUGCUUCUACUAUCCAAAUCUUAGGUGCAGAAAAGGCUUUAUUCAGAGCUUUGAAGACCAAGCACGAUACGCCGAAAUACGGAUUGAUCUACCACGCUUCUUUGGUUGGUCAAGCAACAGGAAAAAACAAGGGUAAAAUUGCCCGUGUAUUGGCUGCCAAGGCUGCUGUCGCAUUACGUUAUGAUGCACUUGCAGAAGAGAGAGAUGACAGUGGUGACUACGGUUUGGAAGUCAGAUCCAAGAAUCCAAAAAGACAUAACCAUGGCUGAUGCCGAAGAAAAAACGGAGAAAAAGAGAAAGAGAGAAGAAGACUCCGACGAUGAAGACUCCGACGAUGAAGAUUCCAGUGAGGAAGAAAGGAAGGAAGUGAAGAAGGCUAAGAAGGACAAGAAGGACAAGAAGGACAAAGAAGAGAAGAAGGAAAAGAAGGCCAAAAAGGAGAAGAAAGAAAAGAAGGAAAAGGACGAGAAGAAGGAAGAGAAGAAGGAAAAGAAGGAAAAGAAGGAAAAGAAG